CGCCCAAAUUUGUGAGCUACGAAAAAUGAGACGUUAAUGUGUUUUUGGUUUUCCGGUUCCCACACCGUUGAUGUUCGUGGAGCUCAAAACCCUAACCACAACCCUUUCUUCAAUUUCUUCAUUCUAACCCCAUAAUGUCCAAAAUUUCCUCCUCUUUUCUUCUACAUUUCUUCCAUAAUCGUUUUCUCAACACCGUUUCUACUUCUACAUUGCCUUUGCCCUCUGUCUCUACUAUCCAAUUCCUCACAAAUUCAUGUGGCCUUUCUUCGGGAUCUCCUACUUCCGCCGGUCGAAAGCUCCAGUUCGAUGAAAAACACAUCCAGCAGUACGGAGCCGUUAUCGAUUUCUUGAAAUCACAUGGAUUCGAGAAUACACAGAUCGCCAAUUUGGUCUCGAGGCGACCUUCGAUCCUUCAAUCCAGAGUAUCCAACAAUCUGAAGCCUAAAUUUGAGUUCUUCCAGGAAAUCGGGUUCGUCGGUUCUUUACUUCCUAAGCUAAUUCUAACAAACCCUGGGGUUAUUCUGUGUAGCUUAGAUUCUCAUUUGAAACCAUUAAUUCUUUUCUUGAAGGAAAUUCUUGAAUCGGAUGAACAAGUAACUGCUGCUAUUCUUCGUUAUUCGUUGCUUCUAACUUAUGAUUUUAAGGGUGUUUUAAAACCUAACGCUGAUGUUUUAGUCAGUGAAGGAGUACCUUCGAGGACUAUAGCAAAAUUGAUUGUAUCGAAUCCUAGAAUUAUAAUGCAAAAGGUUGAUAGAAUGAUUCAAGUAGUGAAAAUGGUUAAAGAAUUGGGCUUUGAACCAAAGUCGGGUAUGUUUGUUGAUGCACUUAAAGCAAGGAUUGGAAUGAGUGAUUCAACUUGGAAUAAGAAAAUAAAUGUUAUGAAGAGUUUAGGAUGGUCUGAGAAGGAGAUUUUUACAGCAUUUAGGAGAUAUCCACUUUGUUUAGCUUGUUCAGAGGAGAAAAUGAGGAAUGUUACAGAUUUCUGUUUCAACACUGCAAAGUUGGAUCCUGGAACCGUAAUUUCUUACCCUGUGUUCUUCAAGUUGUCGGUCAACAAGCGGCUCCGACUGAGGUACAAAGUUCUCGAGGUUUUGAAGGUGAAAAAUCUCCUCAAGAACAAAAAGGUUGCUCUUGCUGGGUGGUUUGUGCAAGGGGAGAGAGAAUUUGUGGAGAAGAAUGUUGUUAAGCAUUUGGAUGAAAUCCCAAAUCUGAUGGAUAUAUACCGGGGCAAUGACGCAUCUGAAACCAAAUAUGUUUCAUAGGAUUGGAAAGUUGUAAGUUAAAAUGUUCAUAAAGUCUAAAUUUGAGGAUCACGAGGGAGAGCAAUUUUGUUGUUAGUGAGGCUACUGUUCUGUUUCAAAGAACACUGCUUCUUGAGCUUUUCAAGAUCUCUUUGUGUGUUGUGUUUUAAGGUGGGAGAGUUGUGUUGUGUUUUUCUUCCCAAAUUAAGGCAGUGUAUAUUUCCUUCUUAGACAUGUUAAACUAGAAAUUGGAGCUGUUUUUAUUUUUCCCUUCCUAA